CCUGCUCCUUGACUAUUACCGGACAAGAUGACGGGGACUGAAGGGUUUAGUUUACUUGAUGACCAAGUCACUUCAAUCAACAACAGUACCUUCGGUGGUUCGGUAGUAGACCUUAUAGAGGAUGGGGCCACACUAGAUCCAACCGACUCGCCACUCAACGUCACGGAUGAGAACCUUCAUACGUUUUUGUACACAACAGUCGAUACUAUGCUGGUAACUGUAGCUAUGCCGUUAAUUUUCUCAAUCGGUGUCAUGGGAAACUUUGCUGUCAUAGCUGUGUUUAUCCGUGUGAGAUCGAUGCGGACGGUCACCAACCACUACCUGGUAAGUCUUGCUAUCGCUGACCUGACUUUCCUGGUGCUAUCAGUGCCACAGUUCUGGGUCAUGUACGUGACGUCACCCAUCAUAGCAGACUACCGCGUUCUACAGACGGGCUACUGCAAGAUGUCAAUAUACUUGACGGAGUCAAGUAUCAUAGCUUCUUGCUUUACCGUCAUCUUGGUAACUUUUGAGCGGUACGUCGCAAUUUGCUGGCCCCACAAAUUCAAGGAGCUGAGCACCAAACCACGUGCUGUGCUUCUCUGUGCGUUAGUCUGGCUCUUCGCCCUCGGGUACAAAAUCCCCGCCCUCUGUUUCUCCGCUGCUAUUAAAACACCCAUCGUUUGGCUAAUUAGCGCCCCGAAGGAAGACUACCCGGACUCUAUGUAUGUUUGUAACUUCUGCUACCCAAGGACUUCUGACACGUGCAAAGUUUUUCAGAAAUCACUGACAUUGGAUCAGAUCUUGUUGCUGAUGGUGAUUCCAAUCACAAUGGUGAUGUAUUCGUUAAUUGUGUUACAGCUACAGAAAUUGGCAAAGUCCACUAUGAUCCGAGGUUCUGGCAGUAGCUCAUCUACACGUAUGAAGAAGCAGGUUGUGCGCAUGCUAAUUGUGACGAUAACGCUGUUCGUCAUUUGCAUGACACCGUUUCGUAUUUUGAACCUGUUUUCGAUUUACGAAUUUAGUCUACCGCCCAACUCGCAGUGGGUGCUGGUGAACGUAGGUCGCAUCAUGUUGUACACAAACUGUUCUGUCAAUCCAAUCAUAUACAAUAUCAUGAGUGACAGGUAUCGUCAGGCGUUCCACGACACGUUUCUUUGCUGUCUACCAAAGCGAGGGGAGGCCAACCACGAACAGUCGAGUUGCAACCGCAAGACGACCAAAUACACCGCCAGCAUGUGGGCUGAAACCAAGUGAAACUCACGUUUUGACGCUACCGACCAUUAUACGUCAUCAUUAACGUCCUGCUAACGUGACAAAUCCGUCCCCCGGGACGUAACGUUUGACAUAUUGGCUUCCAGGCCAUUUACGAGCAUAGACCUAGAUUAAUAAUGUGGAUGUUUCAUGUGACAGUAAGUUUACACUCUUACGUCAUCAGCAGAAGUUGGCGUAAGGCUUGCGUUUCUGACUAAACAAACUUAAUUAUAAAUUUAGUGUACUUUGUAUUUGAAGGAGGGUUGUUUCUCACUGUGUAUCAGUGUUGACGCAGUAGAUCCGCAAAUGCUGCUCACAUUAUGGCGCUUGUUGGUGUCAUUACAGACUUUGCAGAGAAUUAAUUAACCAUUAGCAUUGUCCAGCGCUGUCAUAACCUUAGCCCAGGCCUCUAUGACGCAAAAGCAGAGAUCGUAUUUUUGUAAGACUCUUAAAACUUUGAUACAAGCUUUUUUUUGAUAAUGUAAAUACAUUACACUUAGAAAGCCGACUCACUUGAUUUGAAUGAAGUGGUGCUUCGAUUUCCAAAGGCUGCUCCUUGUUUUAUUGUUAAAUUAAAGGACUAUGAUGUACCAUAUCAUUCGGAGUGGUCGCAUAAAAAUCUAAAUAAUAGAUACAUAACGCUAACAAACAUCCCCUGGUAGGCUCCCACAUCCCCCCGAAAUGAGAUUUGUUUAUUUUCAAGUUUCGCGGUUAUUUACAUUUUGUCAAUAACAUUUUUGCGCACAUGCAAAGCUUUUACCCAAACCCGUUCCUUUGUAGGUGGAAACAGCACACUCCUUUCUAACUCGAUUAUGUUUUUUCCCAAACAACUUCUCAUUGACGUCGUCACCCCACCGUUUAUGGGUAAAGCACAGACGGUGAACGUGGAAAACGCACAGCUAUGCACACGCAGAACGCAUGAUGGGCAAUAUUGAGCUACUUUCUCUUGUCUAAUCAACCUCCCCCCCCCCCCACCGUUGCAGUUCCUGUCUGACUUUGACACGAUGUCAACUUCCCUCUGUAUAACAAACAAAACCGCUUGCAAGAGAUUUUACGUAAAGUGCUUAAACUUGCAAGACCGUGUUAUAUCCUUGCAUUUGGACUGUCCUUUAUUAAAGUCAUAUGUAGUCGUUAACAGUAAAUCAUGUACAUGUCAGUGACGUGACUUAACAUCAGUCAUGUUGUGUACUUUUGUUUACUUAACUGUCCUGCGCUCGUGAUCCAUGUCACCAUACAGCCGUCUAGCGAGUUCAAACGCCUAUACUAAUAACGAUUUGUCAGUGUGGUUAAAUCUUUAGUAAAGACCAAGUAUACUAAGCCAGUUCAAUGACAACUUUUACUGAAAAACAGUCAUUGUGUGAUGACUAGCGAUGUUUAUAAGUGAGUCGGGGAAAUCGCUGCCCACUGUAAUGGCUGGAAAAGGUUUGUGACGCUGCUGUGACGUCACUUAGUCUCGUUCAUCCGUUAAACCAAUAACAAAUUGAUAAGCCGAGUAUCCUACUUUUAAUUUAAGAGGUAUUCUUGGUAGUCACCAAACCAGCUUUCGAUAAUCUACAGAUAAACACCCUAUGUAUCCUGCUACAUUUGGCAGACCGUAGUUAAAUGCCCCGUUGUUAAUCCAAACACAUGUAAUGUGUAUUUAAACAGGUUUUGGUAAUCCAAACACAAGUUGUUAUUCAAUUUUAAAACAGAUUUUUGUAAUCCAAAAAUAUUUAGUGAGCUAACUUGAAGGAUUUUUACAGGUAAAAUAAAAAGAUUUUUGUUUAUCAUUCGAUAAGUAUGUUCAAAGCCACGAGUUCCUUAGCCAUAAUUGAUCUCUUAUGAGAUGGAAUUUGUAUACGCAUUGAUAAUCACGUUACGGGAAUAUUGUUUUUAUGCAAUGAUGAUCUGGUUCUACACCGUGAAUGCAAGCUGAAAUAAUCGGAAUGACCCAUAAAGAAUAUUUCUUGCCAGCGGCUAUCAGAACCUCUUGCAUUACAUUGCUGUCAGGUCUACAGGGUAUUUUAGGCACGUAAGAGCCUAUGGUACCAUGUACGUCAUCUGACAGGUUUAGUAUCAAACCUAGCUCAAAUCAUCAAACUGUCUUCACUGGUUAACUCUCUAUAUUUUUUCCAGUCAUUUACGAAUGCUCUCGUUAAAUGCUCUGGUGUCAGUUUUUGUUCGGAGCAUGUUUUGCGUGCAAACCAUAAUCUGCACGGUCAACGCGCAAUUUAUUGGUGUAAAUGGAAGAUGUGACAAUCGUGACAUUGCAUCAGCGCUGGAGUAUUGAGAGAGUUGGGUCAUUGUGGUACAAAAUGCAACAACCAAACCAAAAAAGCAGACUAAUCUGGCACCCCGUACUUCCAAAUUGUAAAAAGUCGCAACUCUCUCAAUAAACGGUUGUUGUUGUCAUGUGUCACGGUACAGUUACGUCACUUGACGUAAACGCACGUUGUCCGACGAGACAAGACGGGGGUUCACCUCACCAAUCACAGGGGCCUAAUAUAGUGACGUAACAGUAGUAUGUCGCCCUUCCGUUUUAACGGAUUUACCAUAGUACUUCCGCUACUCUAUAAUUAUAACAAAUGGUUGUAACUGCUUUUGCCUGUUGUCGGUCUUAUCAUUGUAUAUAACGGGAGGCAACCUCGGUUAAAAAAAUAAAGUGUUUUUUUACAUAAUUUAAAAUUAGCACAGCAGGUAUUUUGGUUGGCAAAGAUUUGGUUGUGUUUAAUGCUGCUGGCAAUCAUCUUUCACUAAACAUAAUCACUGAUUGUGAAUCCUCUCGGCAUGCCAACGCCUUAAAUGUUAACAAUAAAAUAUGGUACUAUAUAGCUAAAAAACAAAUUGUGGUUACGGAAUAGCUUAACACUUAUGUAGAUUUUCAUAAAUUGUGUACAUUUAUUAAACAAUUAUAUCAAUUUAGAGAGCAUGUGUUUUGGCCGUACAUGUACUCUUGAUUGUAUACACAGUAGAUAUAUUGAAUCGUCACCGCACUCCACUUAUGAUGCAUUUGCUUUAUUUGGCAAGACAAGAAAUGUUUACUUAUUUUAUACCCCACUUCCAACAAUUGUCAUGCUUUUUUUAAAUGUGAUCAUUGAUGGUUAUUGUUUAUAAAGUUGUGUUGUUUCAAUGCGGUAUCACUGAUAUUGAGAAGUUGAAAGGAUUAAGUGACAUGACCUAUAUUUGGAAUAUUUCCCAUACAUUAAAUGAAUAUGUAAAAAAAAAAAAAAAAAUCCACAGACCCUGGUAACCUUAUUAGACGAAAUAGUCGCAGACAUUGUUUAUGUUUAAUGUAAUCAUCCACAUUGCAUAAUUGCGUUUAUUUCGUUGGCUAAGAAGAAAACAUUACACAAUGUUCAGCAUGUAGCCACUAUGCCCUUAAUUGUUGUAACAACCCAAUUUAGUUGUUGCGUGAGAUAUUUCUAAUAAGAACUGAUAGCUCUCUGACUGAAGUGAAACAAUGGUGUUUUUUCAUCCAUACCAAUCCGGUAUAACUUAAAAUAAGUUUCCAAAUAUAUUCGACACCUUUAGAAAUCACUUUCGUUUACAAAUUGUCAACCUCCGUGACACUAGGCCCUAAACUUGAUGGCUCUGCUGAGACUGUUAGCGAAACAAAUUUACAAAUCCACGCUUGAGGUGGGUAUGGUGCAAUUCACUGCUAAACACAUGCUAGUUUACACUGUAAGCAAAAACGUCGCGUGGCAAGCAGACCUAUGUAUUGGAACCUCUUGUUAUGAGUCGUGUCUACUUGUUAACCCCUUGGAUCAUCCUUGUUAAUAGCAAUUUAUUUUAAGUUACAAUGUUCCUUGACUAGGCUAGAUUGAUGUACCUACACGAACAUGAAAUUAAUUCAUUUGUAAUUACCUUAAACUUAUUCAUUGACCACCUACAUCAGUAUAACUAUGUAUAGCUUAGUUCAUUGUUAAAAGUCUAUAAGUACCCAAUAAAUCUCGAGUCAAAUUACCCAAGUGGAUGUUCCAUCAUUAAAACAAAAAAAACAC